AACACAGUGUAGUUCGGAAGGGACCUGGUGAGCUUGGGGAGAGAAUGGCCAGGUACACGACCAUAGUGUGUGCGACAUGAAGGCGGAGAGAGGAGGGGAGACGAGAGAGUUUCCUUGAGGAGGUCCCCUCCCCAGCAGAGGGAGUUGGGGUGCCGCCUGGGUGGCUGGUCUCCCCUGGGCCCCAGCCUGGUCCAGUCCUGAGUCCCAGCCCUUCCUCUGCUGACCAGAUGUGCAGAGGCGUCACUGACCAGUGCUGCCCACCGGGCAGGGAUGGGCAAAGGCUGAGCGAGAGUUGGACGGCAGUUGGCACCAGGGUGAGGGAGCUGGACGCCGGUGUCCGUGGGGCGCAGUCGAUCUCGGCAUGGCCAGCAUUUGGAGUGCAUUCUUUCUUAUCAAGGCACACUCAUCGUAGGAAGCCCAGAAGGUCAGGACGAGUGCACCAGAGGAGAGGAGCCACCCACCCAGCUGGAGACGUUAGAUUGUGCGUAGAUAAGUAACUUCUCCUUCCUAAAAUGGAGCCCGGGAAGAAGACAGACCCCCCCGGCUCUCUGCAGACCAACCCACCGCUGAAGCUGCACCCCGACCGCAGUGCGGGGAUGGCCGUUUUUGUCCCUGAACAAGGAGGCUACAAAGAAAAGUUUGUGAAGACCGUGGAGGACAAGUACAAGUGUGAGAAGUGCCGCCUGGUCUUGUGCAACCCGAAGCAGACCGAGUGCGGGCACCGAUUCUGUGAGAGCUGCAUGGCCGCCUUGCUCAGCUCCUCGAGUCCAAAAUGUACAGCGUGUCAAGAGAGCAUCAUCAAAGACAAGGUGUUUAAGGAUAAUUGCUGCAAGAGAGAAAUCCUGGCUCUUCAGAUAUAUUGUAGGAAUGAAGGCAGAGGUUGUGUGGAGCAGCUGACACUGGGGCACCUGCUGGUGCACUUAAAAAAUGAUUGCCCAUUUGAAGAGCUGCCGUGCAUUCGUGCUGACUGCAAGGAAAAAGUGUUGCGGCGAGACCUGCGCGCCCACGUGGAGCAGGCCUGCAAAUACCGCGAGGCCACAUGCAGCCACUGCGAGAGCCAGGUCCCCAUGGUCACGCUGCAGAAACACGAGGACACUGAGUGUCCCUGCGUGGUGGUGUCCUGCCCGCACAAGUGCAGCAUCCAGACGCUCCUGCGGCGUGAGUUGAGUGCACACUUGUCAGAGUGUGUCAAUGCCCCCAGCACCUGUAGUUUUAAGCGUUAUGGCUGCGUUUUUCAGGGGACGAACCAGCAGAUAAAGGCGCACGAGGCCAGCUCUGCUGUGCAGCACGUGAACCUGCUGAAGGAGUGGAGCAACUCGCUGGAGAAGAAGGUUUCCUUGCUGCAGAAUGAAAGUGUAGAAAAAAACAAGAGCAUACAGAGUCUGCACAACCAGAUUUGUAGCUUUGAAAUUGAAAUUGAAAGGCAAAAGGAAAUGCUUCGAAAUAACGAAUCCAAAAUACUUCACUUACAGCGAGUCAUAGACAGCCAAGCAGAGAAGCUGAAAGAGCUCGACAAGGAGAUCCGUCCUUUCCGGCAGAACUGGGAGGAGGCGGACAGCAUGAAGAGCAGCGUGGAGUCCCUGCAGAACCGAGUGUCAGAGCUGGAAAGCGUGGACAAGAGCGCAGGGCAGGCGGCCCGGAACACAGGCCUGCUGGAGUCCCAGCUGAGCCGGCAUGACCAGAUGCUGAGUGUGCACGACAUCCGCCUGGCCGACAUGGACCUGCGCUUCCAGGUGCUGGAGACGGCAAGCUACAACGGCGUGCUCAUCUGGAAGAUCCGCGACUACAAGCGGCGGAAGCAGGAGGCCGUCAUGGGGAAGACCCUGUCCCUCUACAGCCAGCCCUUCUACACCGGCUACUUUGGCUACAAGAUGUGUGCCCGGGUCUACUUGAACGGGGACGGGAUGGGGAAGGGGACACACUUGUCGUUGUUCUUUGUCAUCAUGCGUGGAGAGUAUGACGCGCUGCUCCCUUGGCCGUUCAAGCAGAAGGUGACGCUCAUGCUGAUGGACCAGGGCUCCUCCCGGCGCCACCUGGGAGACGCGUUCAAGCCCGACCCGAACAGCAGCAGCUUCAAGAAGCCCACCGGCGAGAUGAACAUCGCGUCGGGCUGCCCGGUCUUUGUGGCCCAGACUGUCCUCGAGAAUGGGACGUAUAUUAAAGAUGAUACCAUUUUUAUUAAAGUCAUAGUGGAUACUUCGGACCUGCCAGACCCCUGACGCGCAACCGGGAGCCGGAUUUAGCAGAAGGUAACUCCACUGGGGGAGGGGUCGAGCCGAUCUGUCUUCACCGAGGUCCUCGAGCUCAGAAAAGGACCUUGUGGAGUGGAGGGGAGCGGCAGGGGCUCCCUCUCGCCGGGGCCGCAGCACCGCCACGUUUCUGAUAGACUAGCCACAUGCCACUCUGAAGAAGUGCUUCUCCUUUGCCGAGGUGAACGCUGCUGUCAGAGAAGUUUUCCAUUUUCAUUUUUAAAGGUCUAGUUAAUUAAGGUGGAAAACAUAUAUGCUAAGCAAAAGAAACAUGGUUUUUCUUCCUUAAACUUGAACACCAAAAAAAGAAUACACACACACACACGGGGAUAGCUGGACAUGUCAGCAUGUUAAGUAAAAGAAGAAUUUAUGAAGUAAUAAUGCAAUUCUGAUAUAUUCAUUCUAAAAUUCAAAGUGCAGUCUUGUUUUAAAUAUAGUCUGUCAUCUAUU